ACAGCUGACAGGGCAGGGCAGCUGUGCACACAGCCCAGCAAAGAGCAGCACACACUGCUGCAGGGAACACUCAGAGAAGAGAGCUGCAGCAGUGAGUGGCAAUGGACCUGAUGCCAGACUUUUCCUUAGGAACCUGGAUUCUGGUGGCUACCAGCCUGGUGCUCCUGUAUCUAUAUGGCACCUCUACACAUGGCCUUUUUAAGAAGCUGGGCAUUCCUGGGCCAACACCUCUACCUUUCCUGGGGACAAUCAUGGGUUACCGCAAGGGUGUGUGGCAUUUCGACAUGGAAUGCUAUAAAAAAUAUGGAAAUAUGUGGGGAUUGUACGAUGGUCAACAGCCUGUGCUGGUCACCACUGAUCCAGACCUGCUGAAAACAGUGCUACUGAAAGAAUGUUACUCCAACUUCACAAACCGACGAUCUUUUGGACCAAUAGGAUUUAUGAAAAAAUCCGUCACCAAUUCUGAGGAUGAAGAAUGGAAGAGAAUGAGAAUACUCUUGUCUCCAACCUUCAGUAGUGGAAAAAUCAAGGAGAUGUUACCCAUCAUUGUCCAUUAUGGAGAUGUGUUGGUGAAAAACUUGAAUCAGGAAGCAGAGAAAGGCAAGCCUGUCAAUUUGAACAAAAUCUUUGAGGCGUACAGCAUGGAUGUGGUCACUGGAACAUCAUUUGGAGUGAAGUUUGAUUCUCUUAGAAACCCAGAUGAUCCUUUCUUAAAAAACAUCAGGAGGCUAUUAAAUCUUAAUUUCUUUAGUCCUUUACUUUUCUCAGUCACACUCUUUCCUUUCCUUACCCCAGUAUAUGAAGCAUUGAAUAUCAGUAGAUACCCCAAAGAUAUUACAGAUUUUUUGAAAACCUUUGUGGAAAACAUUAAAGAAGAGCGUCUCAAAGAUAAGAAAAAGCACCGAGUGGAUUUUCUGCAACUCAUGAUUAACUCCCAGAAUUCCAAGGAAGUUGAUUCCCACAAAGCUCUGACUGAUACAGAAUUGGUAGCCCAGUCAAUUACCUUUCUUUUUGGUGGCUAUGAGUCCACUACCAAUAUUCUUUCUUUCAUCACAUAUUUAUUGGCCACUCACCCUGAUGUUCAGCAGAAACUGCAGCAGGAGAUUGAUGCAGCUUUUUCCAAUAAGACACUUGCCACAUACGAUGCUGUCAUGCAGAUGGAAUAUCUGGACAUGGUGGUGAAUGAAACACUCAGAUUAUACCCAAUUGGUAGCAGAAUUGAAAGGACAUGCAAGAAGGACAUUGAAAUAAAUGGGAUAUUCAUUCCCAAAGGGACAAUUGUGGGAAUUCCGAUCUAUGUCUUCCACCGAAAUCCGAAGUACUGGACAGAGCCUUGUGAAUUCCGCCCUGAAAGGUUCAAUAAGAAAAACAAGGACAAAAUGCAUCCUUACGCAUACCUUCCCUUUGGAGCUGGUCCUCGAAAUUGCAUUGGCAGGAGGUUUGCUCUCAUCAAUUUAAAACUUGCUCUCAUCAGAUUAAUGCAGAACUUCUCCUUCAAGCCUUGUGAGGAAACUCAGAUUCCCCUGAAAUUAACCACACAUGGUCUCCUCAAGCCUGCGAAGCCCAUUAUUCUAAAGGUUGUGUCAAGAAAUUGGACUGUACAUCAAGCUUGA